CAGUUAGGUCAUAGGCAUGAAGUACGUUCUGAGCCUGACAGGGCGCCAUUUUAAUAAGCUCAGCGCAAAAUUUCAUAAUACAGUUCCAAUUCUAUGAGCCCACCUGAACAGCGGUUUUUAACGUUACCAGCUGUUUUUUUUUUCUUUCUCGGUAAUGAACUGCAAGAACUGACAGUGUGAAAGGCCCGAUUGAUCUUUUUCCAAGGUUACACUGAAUAAGGAGAGGUUCUUGGGAGAACCUUUCAUAGUUCGUGUUGGUUGGAAGUUCCUGGAUGAACCAGAAUGUGCCGUGCGCGAGCUGGACAUUUGAAAUUUCGUCAGUUGGUUUGUCAGAGCCUCCUGAGUUUACAACAAACUAUCUGCAGGUGGGUAAUGGUGUCUAUUUAUAGUUAAAUAUUUAUAAAGUUAUGACAUAUUGAUACAUGGUGAGCCCAUUCAAGUGUCGAUAACAAGUGUUUUCAAAGCGUCGCGGUGUUUAGGCUACGUUUACAGUUUAGGUCUUUGAUGGCUAACGUAUCAUUUUUACCGCUAGCAAUUCCUGUUCAUUGUUUUUUUGAUUGUUAGUUGCAUAUUUAUUAGCUAGCUCUAGUAAUGAAAUUCAUUUGAAUGACAUUGAGAUAAGAUUUCUAUUUUUACUUCUCAUUCGGUUUAUAAAGUUAUAUCUCCAUUGAGCCCAUUAUAGCCUACUAUUAAAGUUACACUUUGGCUCCACAAUGCUAGCCAUAAAGUUAGUUGUAUCGCUAGCAUGAGGUUUUUUGUUUACCUGUCGUCAGACAGCAUUUUAAAUAUUACCAAGAUGUUCACGUGUGUAAGAGUUUAAGAUUGGGAUAAAGUAGGCUAUAUUGUGAAUGUUAAACCUCUAGAGUAACUAUUUGGAAACAUGUUUAGAUAGCUCUUGAAGUGAACGUUACCUUGCGUGCUAUUACUGUAAACCCAAUAGGAAACCCACACAUGCUAGCUCGCUAGCUAAAUGUACUAACUUGAUCCUAUUUGCAUUUUGCAGGUAUCCCUCAAGUAAAAUGUAUAACAACAGUUGUUCUGCGCUGGUUGCUAAGUACAAUUUCCUCCGGGAUCGCACAGGGAAAGGCUAUCUAAGUCUUACUUGUUAAUCCUCGUAAUUUGUAGUUUUUGUAAGAGCAUCACAAUUUUUUAUAUAAGUAAGCAUUGUUGAUUUUCUUAUUAAACAGGAAUCGUGGCAUCAAAUGUUAAAAAAUAAAUUUAAAAAAGAACGAAGACCCUUGGUGUUCAUUCCUGAGAUUCAACAAAAAAAGACCUCAAGCAAAACUCCGCCAGAAACAACAUCCACUGCUAUAAUGACUGUAGAUGGAACUAGCACUAUUGGAGAGGAUGCCAUCAGCCUUGGAUGCCACCGGGAAAAGAUGCACGCUGAGUGCCAUAAAAAACACCCAAAUCUGUCUAUUCUACAAGACAAAAUGGCCCGAACUAGGGUAGAGAGAACAGUAUACUUAGAAAACCAUUCGACAAUGGAGACCCUUGACGAGUACCCUGCACUGCGAUUUCCAGUAAUACUUCUUGCAGAAACAAACCACCAGCUUGAUGUUGACGUUGAUCGCAGCAUUAUGUCAGGAAUAGGAAUUGUAGCAAGAAAAAUUAUAGAAGAAUGCCAACGACGAGCCACAGGACGGGAUCUCUUUAAAAUGUAUGACGAUGCCAAGGAUGCAUUUGUGGAGGAGUCCCACAGAGGUCUUCAGGUGAUUCUCGCCACAUUGCUCCUGCCACAUUUAUUCAGGGAGGACCCCAAUGCCAUUUAUCUCAUCAACAAGGACCCAGAGGUUCCAAUGCCGGUACUAAUCAUUACCGGAAACCCCUUCUUGGAGGCUACGUUUGGUGUGCGUCUGGACAGAUAUCCUCACCCACAAAGUUGAUAUCUAUUGUGAUAACGUGACUUCUAUGAUACCGUGCUGCACACCCCUAAUCAAUACUCCUGACCUUGGUUGAAAGAUUACAGAAGCUAGGUUUAUCUUUAACAAUAUCCUGGGUAACAUAUGCUAUCACCAGUUAAUACUAUUUUUCCACAUAAUAGAAUCUGCAUAAUUUGAAAGCCUGGUCACUACCACUGCUAGCUUGUGUGGCUAGUUAUUUUGCUUAGUUACACUCUGCUUUAUGAAAAAGCUUCGUAUGUCCCCUUUCUUCUUCUUGGGUGGCAUAGAUCUACACACCACAAAAAGGGGUUUGUAUGUAUGCUGAAGGGAAAAGGGAAUAUUAAAAUGUUUCACUCUGGCCUU